AUGCCGCGCUACCCGCCUGAUCGUUGGUUUGAUUAUACCUCAUUGGGCGUCCCGGUUAAAGGGACGCGUUUGCUUCCGAUAAAACUACCUAUACCAUCAGAAAAGUCCAGCAAUAUUCCUUUUCAUUUAAGAUUUACACUAGGUGACCUUAUUAACUGCGUUGAAUCAUACAACCAAAAAUUGACGUGUGUCAUAGAUUUGACUUAUGCAAACUAUUAUUCGCCAAAGAUAUAUGUGGAAGGACAUACAAUCCCAAAUUCGAAAACUGUUGAACAGUUCAUCAAUAUGGUUAACAAGGAACGUAAACAAUCUCCAGAUGGCAUAAUUGCUGUACACUGCACACAUGGCGUAAACCGAACGGGUUAUUUAAUAUGCAGAUAUCUUAUCGAUUUUAUGAAUAUAAAUCCUAAAGAUGCUCUUAGAGAAUUCGAAUGGGCACGUGGUCAUCCUGUCGAAAGAGAAAAUUAUGUUGAAGAUUUGUUGAAUUCUGUCAGUAAAUUAGAGGUCACAAACGUUGAAAACAAUAGAAAUUCGCAUUAA